AACCCAUGUCUCCAGCUGCCUCAUCCACACAGCUUUUAAAUUUCAGUGAGGUUUCAUUUGGGUUUACUGAGGCCAUUUGGUUUUGUCUUUGAUUGGGUGAAGAGCACAGGGCAGGCAUCUGGAGCAGAAAAUAUCAGGAUGCUUUGGAGGAAGAAAUUAUUUUUCUCUUCUAUUGUUUUUCACCCAAGAGGUGAGAGGAUCUCAGGAAGGGCUGCUCCAUUUAAUUGCAAAUAGCAGUGGAAAAAACAUGGAGCUACACUGCACUGCAGCAAGGAAAAGGAGACUGGUGUCAACUUCCUUAUGGAGCUUCAACCCUCUAAGAGUGACCUGACCUGAAUUCAGAAGCAAGACAUAAGCCUGACUCAGAAGGUAUUAAUCCGCGUGGGAUAAAGGAGGAAUCCAAUGUUCUGUGUAUGCGGUGUCUGCUUAGCAGUAAAAAAAUCACACUGGGGAUUUCUUCUGGGAACAGUGAUCCACUUCCUAAUGGGAAUCAAGAGGCCCAGGAGCUUGGACUGAGCCAGCAGUUCCCUUCUCACAUGUUCCCUCAACAGCAACCUUCCUCAAGAGCCCCUGAGGAGUGGCAAGAGGCAAAAAAACACGAAGAACGACCCCGGAGCGGCCUUGAAAAAGCAGGAAGCCCCGGAGAUGUGUCCGGGACAAGAGCAGAAACCGCGGCAGGCGGCGGCACGGGGACGUUCCCGAGCGCUCCGCUCCGCAUCCCUCUGUCCAGGCUCCGCGAAAUAGAAGAGGAGCUGCUGUGCGCGGAUGAGGCGGACAAUGAGUUCGAGUCUGGCGAGCCAGGGCCAGCGGCAGGGCCAGCAGCAGCGGCUCAGCCUCCCGGCCGAGCCCCAGCGCUGGGGGACAGCCGGGGCCUCGGCGCUGGCGCGGGGCUGCGGGCGGCGCUGCGGGAAGGCAGCGCUCCCCGGGCGGCGCUGCGGGAAGGCAGCGCUCGCUGCCGCCAGCGCGAUUUCGCUGCGGCCGCCGCCAAAUUCUCCACGGCACUGGAGCUUUGCAGUAAAGGCUUUGCCACAGAGGACCCCUUCAAGUCCUCUCCAGAUGAUCUUUCUAGGCUUGCCAGCUGGAUCGAGUCAAAGCUCGUCAUCUGCUACUUAAAACUGGGGCAGCCUGGCCUUGCUCUGCAUCAUUCACACAGGAGCAUCAUUGAGAACCCCUCUCACUUCUGCAAUCACCUGCGCCAAGCCGCCUGCUUUCGGUGCCUGCAUAGAUACUCGGAGGCUGCCAGGAGCGCCAUGGUGGCGCAGUGUCUGUACGUCCUGGCUGAAGGAGCCGGGGUGGAGACCAGUGACCUCCUCCAGCUGUACUGGCAGGCUAUGACUCAAGAAGCCCUCAGUGGAGAAAUCUCUUUUUCUGUUUUGUACACACCUUUUGAGAAAGAGGACAAGGCCGACAAAAUAAAGGAGGCCAACAAAACCUUUGCUGAGAGGCACCCUGAAUAUGUGCAGCACAUAUUUACAGAUCCUCAUGGAAUUCACCUGUUGCCAGAGAAGGCUGAAUCUCAUCCUGGCCAGCAGUACUUACUGACUCUGGGCUUCAGAAACAAAGAGAUUGGAAAAACCUUGGAAAAGUUUGUAACUCAAAAGCUGCCAAUCUUUCCAGGCCAGAAAAUAACUUUCAGUCCCAGCAUGGAGGAAGAAGCAGAAACAUUUUGGCAGAGCACUGGAAAAAGGAUCAUGGCAGCCGUGGCUUUUAUAGGAAGCACCAAGAUCAAGGAUGAGCGUGGCCCGUGUGCUCGGGCCAUUGAGCAGUUCCACCACGCCAGCCUGCUCAGCCACCUGCACAGAGAGGAGGAACAGGCCCAGGUGAUGACCCAGGUGAUGGCUGAGCUGGCAACUGUUCCCUACCUGCAGAGAGUCUCUCAGGAGGAGGACAAGCUGCUGCAGUCACUGAUGGCAGAUGCCAUGGACAUCCUGGCAGGAAGAACUGGAGAGCAUGUGUGGACUAAAAUACACAAGGUGGCACUAAUUGAAGACUACCUGAGGGAAGGAGAAGAAUAUUACUUAAGGACCCCACGCAUGCAAAUACCUGGAAUGGAAAACAUCAGCUGGACUCCAAAUGGACAGAAAUAUUUGAGACUGGAAAACACAAACAUGUUCAUUCCCAACCCACGAAGCUUGGCCACAGGACUAAAAAAAAGACGCAUAAUUUUUGCAAAAAGUUGA